AUGAUCUCCAAGUUCACUUUAUUGAGAAACAAGUAGAUGAGAGCUCUCAGAAUCCUUGGUACCAGACCUAACAGAUUCUUUGCUGCCCAAGCUUCAAGCGAAUAUGAAGUUUAUGAUGAUAAUGUUUUCUACCAUCCUAACCGCAAGGUUGAAUUCCAAAGUGGCAAGAGUGUGAUCUUCAACAAUAAUGAUUUGCCAAAAUAUGAACCUAAAUACACUCCCUGGGAUGUCAAGGAAACCACCUUGAAGAACUUCUUAGGAGUAUUUGGAUGUGUUGGACUUAACUACCUAUUUAACCUAAGCACUGGUUUAUACAGCGUUGGAGUCAUGGGAUUCGGUUUUAACUGGCUUUACCAACUAUAUAGCACAAUGGGUCAUGCUAUUGUCAAAAUUGAAUUACAUGAGGAUGGUAAAAACAUUACUGUCACCUACAAAACUGGAGGAUAAUAGGUUCUUAAGAUUAAGGAGAUUCAAAAGAAGCAAAGUGAGAAAGAGCUAGUGCAAACAUUUGAAGAGGGAUUUUUAUACCCUGUAGAAGUACCAAAUGGAACUAAAUCUCAAACACUAUACAUCUUUGGAUCAAGCUAAGAGGCUAUUAAGAAUGGAGAAGUAUUCAGAGCCAUCAUCAAUGGUCAAGCUAUCAAAAUCUGA